ACCCAGCCCAUCGUAUGCAAGAUCUUGUCCACGAGCGAGAGAACUGAACUGAAACCCCAUCAUCUCAUCUUGUUCCUUCAAUCAACGGCCCUGAUCUCUUCCCCCAACCCUCAUCAUCCUCCCUUUCCGGCGCGGCGGCGGCGGCACCGUUUUCCCCAUAUCCGGUCACCGCCGCCAUGUCUGCACUCCCAGAUCCUAACCCUAACCCUAACCCUAACCCUAAGCCUCACUCCGACUGGACCAUCGUCUCAUAUCGCCGGAAUCGCACCGGCCACAACCGCGCAGGCCGCACUAGCAACCCCUUCUUCUCGAUGGAAGCCCUAACCCUAGACCCUGUUCCCCCAUCUCCAUGGACGCCGACGGAUCCCCUCCACCUCGCGGGAACUCGAAGUUGAGGUCCUUUCCAAGAUCCAAUUCACCAUGAAUCGGUUGGAGACUUCCCGCUUUUAUGCCCGCGUCCUCGAUCGCCUCCAAUCUCCAGAGGUCCAAUCCGGCAUCUCUCAUGCCUUAUCCUCGGCUUCGGAGUUCCCCAUGGUGAUCUACGGCAUCGGCAACAUCGCCUCCUCUGAGAUAUCCCGAAUCCAGCUCGCCUUCGCCCUCCUCCUCCGCGACAAGCUCCCGAUCACAUCCAUGGAAAUCUUCGACCCGGUUCUAUCCGGCUCCGAGUGCGCGGUGCUGAAAAGCCUCGGCCUUUCGGUUUCUGGCAGAGAACGAGAAGGUCGGCGGGUGGUGUCGGCACCGACGUUGUUCUUCUUGCCGCAUUGCGAUGCCGCUCUGUAUGACAACCUACUCAGUGCGAACUGGGAGCCGGCGAGGUUGAACAGGAUCGUGCUGUUGGGGAAUAGCUUUGCCGAGUAUGCAUUCUAUCUAUCAUGGGUUGAAGAGAAAUAUAAGUCUGAUAAACCGAAGAUAGUGGCGCCGUAUGCCAUGGCAGUGCGGCAAUACGUCAGGGAGGUGGCGCUGGAGGAGAGGCAGGAUGAUCUGAAGAGAAAGUGUGAGAGUGAUGAAGAUAGUGCGCUGGUUGGCGCUCUUUGGUCUACAAGUUGGCAUUUUUUUGAUUUGAAAGAUGGUACUGUAUUGAAUGUUCAGCUUUCACAAUUAAGGUCCUAAUGGAGGCUACUACCACUCAUCAUCUCCAUUCAUGUGCUUCUUCAACCUUAUGACAAAGAAAAGAAAUCAUCUCAAUAUGUAUCCAUCUUCUCACCAACCUCCAUGAAAUCUCACUCAUUUUAUCACCACAAACAAAUAUUCUAUAAUUCAUACAUACUGAAAAGCUAAGCUUAUCCACGAUUUUGAUGGAUAUCUGAAAUCUAUAAUUUA